AUGCCCACCACCACCGUCUCCGCCUUGCUCACAUCGAUACGGGGCUUGAACUACCUGUCCGCCAACCUUGUGCCGUUAUGUGAAGGACAAAUUGGCGCCGUACGUGUGGUUGACGAUUUUGACAUUGGCGAGCUUCUCCAAAACGUGGCAGAUCAACUAAGUGGCGAGGCCGCACAGGCGGAAGUUGAGCUAGUGCUCUUCCACAGUGACGUGGGCAUGAAGCAUAUUAGUAUGACUGGUGACCGCGAAGGAAUAGGAUAUGUCUUAAGCCAUGUUAUCCGCCAGAUCCUGGCCGUCGCCAGCAAGGGCGAUACUAUUGAGCUCGGGUUGCAGGUGAUACCCCAGUCCCCAUCCAUGCUGCGUCGCGUUUCCGUCCCGAACGUGGAUCUGGAAGGAAACCUUGUCCACGGAGCUUCACCUCGCCCGUCCUCGCCUGGGUAUGCCUCUUCUACAUCGUCUGCAUCGGCGGAUGGCCCGCUGUUGUGCGUCUUCGAGAUCGUACACAACGUGGCGCAGGUGUUCGAUACCUCAAACGCGGUGACACCAAAGGCCGAGUUGAAUCCAUUCACACGCCUUGUGGAAGAAAAAGAGGCCGCCACCCCCAAGCUCGAGACACAGCUGUGCUAUCGACUGUUACGCCAGGUGAAUGCGUGGCUCAAAACGGACACCAUUCCUUCCUCGCCCACAGGGUUUGGGCUCCCUCGCCACGCGUAUGAACUUUCAGUCGUCCUCCCUCGAGCCUCAGUGGGAGAGCAGACCCCUCUGUCACCUGAGCAAGAAGAAGCCCGACAGCCAUUUGCUGGUAUGCUUUUACCCCAAGAGCCCACCCUUAGCGGACUUGCAGAGUUUGCCGAAACGCUUAGGGGAUGCAAAACCAACCUUCACGCCAGCCACACCAGCAUCUUUGCUCGACACCUCACCAGCUAUCUGACCGCUUGGGGAUUGGACGUGUCCCAUAUUCCUGUGGAUAGCAACGUCCACACCAUCGAAGUGCCAGCGGCGGCAAAGUUUGUCAUUAUUGACGAGGAUAUUACCGUCCUCCGCCACGAGUUGCUGCGACUCAAGCCUGAUACGCCACCCGCAACUGUACGACAGCGGUCCAUGAAGCGACCGGGGCUAUUCCGUAGCGCAAAAUCUACAGCAAGUGUUCGCCAGUCACCGGCAACUGUUAUCAUCCAUUUCACCAGUCUCGACAAGUAUCAUCAAGUGCGAGAUGUUGUCUCCGUCAUGGGUGCCUCAUCUGCAGCAGAGGUCAUGGUUGUCCCUAAGCCCGUUGGUCCACGUCGACUCCUCACAACACUGUUUACUGCUGUUAGGCAGCCAUUCGUUGACCCCAUCUUUUCGCCCAUUGCCACUAGCCCUCGAUCGCCUCAGAUUGCGUCGGGCAACCGCACCCCCACCGGUGUGCCUCAAGAGGGAUUUUUCGACUCGGUUGACAUGCUACAUGCUGAUCCGACUCCACAAAAGGCUCGCUCCCCUCUGAGCGAAGUGCCGCCGUCGGUCAUCUCCCCACCAUUACGUCCAGCCGAGGUCGUCAUUCGUAAGGCUUCGACGCCAGCCGAGGUCGUGUCAACGUCUGCCUCAGAGUACUUUGCACGCUCGACGACCGGCAAGUCAGUUUCGGGAGCCUCUGGGGUCAUCAUGCAAAGUCCCGAUGGUCGCCCGUUCGGAAUGUUCUUUGAGCCGCCCGCAAGUGGGCGCUCCCUGUCGUUCUCGCAGCGCAGCGAAAGUGCACACAGUAAACAAGCUGCUACGAGUCGUAGGACUUCGACAGAACACGACAUCCUGACGGCAUCAACUUCACCUUCCGACUCGCUGCAAGGUAGUCGCAGAACGUCCGCCAUCUCCACAACCUCCACAGCCAGUGCCACCACGGACGAUUCAGCCCGCGCGGCUGAGACUGAAGCAGCCAUGGCGCUGCCAUCCCCGCUUUCGGCUCGCCGCAAGACUCUUCCCACGCACCCAGAUGCAAAGCCUAUUGUCGCCCAAGGCAGGGAGCGGUCUUCUACCGUGACGCGUCGCGUUGGCAGUGACAAGCAACUUCCCAACAUUGCUGAGAAUCCCGUCCUCGCUCGCCCCCCCAAGACACCGGAUGUCGUUAUGCCUCCCAUUAAUGUCUUAAUUGUGGAAGACAACCCUAUCAACCAGAAUAUCCUUAGCAUGUUUUUCCGAAGGAAGAAGAUUAAAUAUCAGACCGCCAAGGACGGAGUGGAGGCGGUUGAGAAGUGGCGCACUGGCGGUUUCCACCUCAUUCUUAUGGACAUCCAGCUGCCUGUCAUGGACGGCAUCGAGGCGACAAAGGAGAUUCGCAAGCUAGAAAAGAACAACAACAUCGGCGUUUUCCCAAGCACACCUCUGGGUGACCAUCAGCGACCGAUAGAAGUUGUGGCAUCAUCUCCCUUUCGGUCGGCAGUCAUCAUUGUCGCCCUCACUGCGUCGUCACUACAGACCGAUCGUGUAGCGGCCCUGGCUGCUGGUUGCAAUGAUUUCUUGACCAAGCCAGUCUCUCUCAAGUGGCUGGAGAAGAAGACGGUUGAGUGGGGUUGUAUGCAGGCGCUUAUCGAUUUUGACGGCUGGCGUCGGUGGAAGGGAUCCGACCACGCAGAAACCAAGCGCGGUUUCCAGACCGGCCCCCAGGCAGCUGCGCGGAAUGUGGCCAGCCGUCUGCGAAUUGAACGCAGUAAAGGCCGUCCUGCUCCGUCAUUGCUUAGCUCGGCCGCGUCGUCGUCAUCCACAACAGCUUCGACAAACACUAUUUCAACCCCGGCUGCUAUCCCAUCCCCUGCUCUCCUGCCGCCUCCCAUAGGCAACAGCCUCGUAUCAUCCGAAGAAAAGCCCCUUCCAGCUCUGCCAUCGGAAUAA